AUUCAUCCGUGGCAAUUUCUCUCUGUUGCAAUUCUCUUUUCUUUCCUUCUCUCCCACUUCUGCCGUCAGACGUGGCACAGAGAGACGCCCCCUCAGCUGGAGAAAUCGAGGGUUGAAGAACCCUUUGCUGGCCAUCCACGUGCUGCCCCAACCAACUUCUACUGCUGUUGGCGCAGAUAAUUGUGUUAAAUCCGAGCGCCCACUUGACCCAGGCUGCCACUCAACAACAUCUUCAAUCGCUUUUGUUGACCUUUGGACUGAGUAUCCAUCGGAGUCGCAAACGUCGAUUGAGCAGUCGACCUGCCCGUCCGAACCUCCGCAACAGGUAUUGCGACCACACAGACGCUUGUGGGGGAUUUUGGAGCAUUGAGUGUGCUCUUCCGCAGCCAGCCUUUGCAGCGGGGUUUUACAACAACGCAAACACAAUCACCGAGAGAGAUUGGACUGCAAGACAGCCCAAGACUACCUUACAAUGACGCCCACGCCUCCCUCUGCGAACUCGUCGCAUUCUGGCGCCUCUCCCGACCAAUUCCGAGUCGUGCGCAAGCGGAACCGAAUCCCCUUAUCGUGCGCGCCGUGCAGACACCGAAAGCUGAAAUGCAAUCGACAGUCUCCCUGCGAUAACUGCACAAAACGAGGAGAUACCGCCUCCUGCACCUACGCCGCUCCCGCGGCGAGGAAGAAGGGCAGCCAAAGUCAGAAUGCUGCCAACGCGACCCCGGAUGAUAUGCAGAAUCGGAUAGACCGGCUUGAGGGAUUGGUCCUGUCACUCAUGACCAAUGGCUCACAAGCAGCUGGUCCAGCAGCCGCUGCCCAGGCACUUUCGGCCGGGUCGAGUACUAUGGAAAGUGGAUCGUUGGGGCCGAAUCUCGACAAUGAAUUGGAAGAGAGCGCGAUGAUGGAUGAUGCAGAUGGCCAAGAACCUGAAAGUGAGACGGAUGGUGUGACCAAGAGCUUUGGGAUUUUGAAGGUUGACGCUGAGAAGCAAAAGACCUUUUAUAUCGGCGAAGCGCAUUGGGCAGCCCUACUAAAUGAGAUUGGCGAAGUCAGGAACUAUUUCGUCGCCCACAAAAAAGAGUAUGAGGCCCAGAUGGAAAAAGUCGAGCAGGCCAGGAAAUCCAUGGGUGCGGACGUGGGGUCAGGCCCAGCUCUACUCUUCGGCUCUACUAUUCCACCCAGUCGAGCCGAGAUUCUCGCACAAAUACCAUCACGGUACAUGUCUGAUAUCCUGAUCGGACGAUACUUCAAUACCUUUGACCCAGCCACUCACAUCCUGCACGGCCCGACAUUUCAGCGACAUUACAAUCAGCAUUGGGCAGAUCCGUCCAAGAGCUCGAUUGUUUGGGUGGCCAUGCUGUUCUCCAUGAUGCGUUUGGCCAUGUUAUCUUAUGGACGGGAAGGUGAUGAACCUCCCGAGUUUCGAGGCAAAUGUCAGGACCUGGCCGCGAAUUUCCGCACGCAAAUGGCUCACUGUCUCAUCACGGCCGAUUACACAAAGCCACACAACUAUAUUAUCGAGACGCUUAUAUUCCAUCUGCAUGCGGAGUAUACUUCCAACCGAGAUGCUGAAGCCAGUGUCUGGGUGCUGGUUGGCAUGAUUGCUCGUCUCGCCAUGCGGAUGGGCUAUCACCGCGACGCGAAGCUGUUUCCCAAUUUGAGUCCAUUCCAAGGUGAGAUGCGGCGUCGUGUCUGGACAUUUGUACGCAGUGCCGAUCUUCUCUUUUCCUUUCAAGUGGCGUUGCCAUCGAUGAUUCGCAUUGGCGACUCCGACACGGAAUUGCCGCGCAACAUCUACGACGACGAGUUCGAUGAAGAUUCUGCGUCAUUGCCACCGGCUCGUCCUGCCAGUGAAGCAACGCCAAUCUCCUACAUGAUUGCAAAGGGUCGACUGUCGUUUGGUUUCGGACGAGUUUUGGAGGAGAUUAAUGGAGUCAACCGCAAAGGGUACGACGAGGUCCUCAAGAUUGAUCGUGGAUUGAGAGAUAUCUACGAGAGUAUUCCCGAUCAUCUGAAGCUUCGACCAAUGGCAGAACAAACGCUAGCACCCAUUUCACUGAUCAUGGCUCGCUUUAGCCUCGCCACGGUUUACCACAAGUCCCAAUGUGUCCUCCACCGCCGGUACAUGCGGCUUGCCAGAAAUGGGAACCGAUAUACACAUUCGCGAAAGCAGUGUCUAGACUCGGCCAUGCAACUACUGAGCUUCCAGGCCAUUCAACAUCAGCAGAGCCGGGAACGCGGACGAUUGAGGAGUCUACGCAACCAUGUGAACUCACUGACUGCGCACGACUAUCUCCUGGCAGCAACAAUCGUCUGCAUGGACCUAUACAAUCACCGAGAGCGGCCUGAUGGCAACAACAACGAUGUGAGCACUCCGAAUACUUCGGUUAGUGGCGGCAGUAUCAGCCAAGGCAGCAACAUGUCGUCAGACGGAGCUUAUGCGCCUGGACUCAGUUACAAUCGCGAAGACCUCAUCCAUGCAUUGGAAGAGAGCCGCGAUGUGUGGAUGGCGAACCGUGACCUGAGCAUCGAGGCUUAUAAGGCCAGCGAGCUUCUGAACGUGCUGAUCUAUCAUAUAAAGCUGCCAUUUUUGCCGAGUAACCCACAGAACUCGCAACUUCCAGGAGCAUCUCAGCAGCCUCAGGGUUCGAACAACGACGAGCAGAACGCGGCGAUGACUCUGGGCAUGCUUCAAGCUGGAGCCAUCGGCUCCAGUGGACAGAACGGAGGCAUUUCACAGGCGGCGUCACCAGGUGGUUCGUGGGAAAAGGGAGGGUUGUAUCCCAAUUUCGGCACCAAUGGCGAACAAUUCAAUACGGGCAUUUUUGGAGCGGCGAAUGCGACAAGCCCAUUCCCCAGCGGGUGGUUUGGCGGUGCGAUGGGCAACCUGGACCAAGGCAUGAAUUUGGAUUGGGAGGCAUGGGAUCAAUACAUGCAGCCCUCGAAUCUCACACUCGAUCCAGCAGCGAGCUUGUGGUCGAACAACUCGCCCAAUAACAACCUGUUCACGCAGACGUCAUCUCCUGAAAACACUAGCACGGACGCGACCUUCGGGAUGAGCACGGGGUCUAGUUUCUAUCCUCAGACCAUAGGAAGCAUGAUGAGCGGGUCGACACCAGACCUCACCAAAGCCGAAGGGUCUGGGCAGACGCAGCAAAUGCCCAACUUGAGUGCAACUUCCACCACGAGUGCGAACAACGACAACAGCGCUGCGGGAGAGGUGUUUAUGGGCGUGCAGAGUCCGCAGGUGGCGAGUUGGAAGUGGACCGUGAUGAGUGACAAGAAAUGAGGUUUUGAUAUUUUGAGAGUGAUACCCGCCCUUGGUUUGUAACGAUAUAGCUGAUGGUCAGAAAAGGGACAUGGAUUACGCUGAGAAAGCAGAGGGAAACAAAUGGGAAACGCCAGAGGGAUUGUGUGUAGACGAGAGAUGAGCUUCAGUUACCUACAUAGGUACCGGGAUGUAUGAGGGAAGGCCCAUCGAGGCUGCGGACAAAAUGUAAAAGGAACGCUCUCUGGGGGGUUAUCUCUGCUCGGGUGAGUUUGCCCGUCUCGAUUGUGCAUCUGUCGAGGAUAUGAGUCGUCUAUACGUCAAACGGGGAGCCCGAGCUGAACAAGGCCAAGGCGCAGAGGGCUGCAUUGAUACACGUACAUGGCAGCAUGGCUACUGGAACUCGCUGGUGGGCGGUGACCUCUCAGGCUCUGACCUCCCCGGGUCAUUCUGUUCCCG